AUGGGCCACCUGCUCUCCAAGGAGGCCAGCAGCCUGAGCCGGGACAGCGGCGGCCGCCGCCGCCGCCGCGGGAGGAAGGUGCCGCCGCGCAGCCGGAGCUGCUUCCUGCGCGGGCCCUGCAUGCUCUGCUUCGUCGUGCACGGCGCCAGCUCGCCCGCUCCGGAGCCGCCCGUGCCCGCCGGGGACCCGCUGCUGCCGCCGCCCUACGCGGCCCUCGCCGCCGCCGAGCAGCGCGCCGCGCGCCGCCUCCUCCGCCUGCCGCCCGCCGCCUGGGAACCGCGCGGCCGCUGCCGGCGCCUCCUCCUCUCGGGCCUGCUGCCCUCGCCGGUGCGAGGCCUCCUGGGGCCGGCCGGGCCGCCCGGCGAGGCCGUCUCCGAGAUGGUGUGCAAGCGCAAGGGGGCCGGCCUGCCCGCCUGCCCUCCCUGCAAGCAGCCGCGCUGCGCUGCCGGCGCGGCGGAGCCCGAAGCCGCCGCCUGCCAGUGCCCCGCGGAGCCGCAGCCCCGCGCCCUGCCCUCGGCCGCCGGCGGCGCGGGGAGCGGCGGGGCCGCGCCGCCGAGGUGUCCCGCAGAGGACGAGAGGGAGAAGGAGGGAGUGAGGGAACGGAGCGGCGAGGCGGGCCGCGAGGAGCCGCUGGAGCAGCCCGGAGACGGCUGCCGGGAACCGCCGCCGUCGCCCGACAUCAACCAGCUGCCACCCUCCAUCCUCCUCAAGAUAUUUUCCAAUUUAUCCCUGAAUGAGCGCUGCCUUUCAGCAUCAUUAGUUUGUAAAUAUUGGCGUGACCUGUGUUUAGAUUUUCAGUUUUGGAAACAGCUGGAUCUGAGUAGUCGCCAACAGGUCACUGAUGAAUUGUUGGAAAAGAUAGCAUCAAGAAGCCAGAAUAUUACUGAAAUCAAUAUUUCUGACUGCCGCAAUGUAUCCGAUACAGGAGUUUGCAUAUUGGCAUGUAAAUGUCCUGGACUGCUAAGGUAUACUGCUUACAGAUGUAAACAGCUUUCUGACAUCUCUAUCAUGGCAGUUGCCUCUCAGUGUCCUCUUCUUCAGAAAGUACAUGUAGGCAAUCAAGACAGACUCACUGAUGAAGGUUUAAAGCAGCUGGGUUCAAAAUGCAAAGAAUUGAAAGACAUUCAUUUUGGUCAGUGUUACAAGAUCUCUGAUGAAGGAAUGAUUAUUAUAGCUAAAGGCUGCCUGAAGUUGCAAAGAAUAUACAUGCAAGAAAACAAAUUAGUGACAGAUCAGUCAGUGAAAGCAUUUGCUGAGCACUGUCCCGAGCUGCAGUAUGUUGGUUUCAUGGGCUGCUCCGUUACAUCUAAAGGAGUAAUUCACCUCACUAAUCUAAGAAAUCUUUCUAGCCUGGAUCUACGUCAUAUCACAGAACUGGAUAAUGAAACAGUGAUGGAAAUAGUGAAGAGAUGCAAAAACCUUAAUUCCCUCAAUCUGUGUCUGAACUGGAUCAUUAAUGACAGGUGUGUGGAGGUGAUUGCCAAAGAAGGACAGAACCUGAAAGAACUGUAUUUGGUAUCGUGUAAGAUCACUGACUAUGCUCUGAUAGCCAUUGGACGAUACAGCAUGACAAUAGAGACAGUGGAUGUUGGGUGGUGCAAGGAAAUUACAGACCAUGGAGCCACCCAAAUUGCACAAAGCAGCAAGUCUCUCAGAUACUUAGGGCUGAUGAGAUGUGAUCAGGUGAAUGAAGCCACAGUGGAGCAGCUGGUGCAGCAGUAUCCACAUAUAACCUUCAGUACUGUUCUACAGGAUUGCAAGCGGACAUUGGAACGAGCUUAUCAAAUGGGCUGGACUCCCAACAUGUCUACUGCCUCUUAAUGUCAUGCACCAACAUGACACUUCCACUCUGCUGCUUUCAGUAGAUCUAACGGGGACUGCAGAGGUUCACAACAUUGUGAUAUAUACAAUGAAUGCAAUAUAAUUGUGAGUUUACAGAGGUUACAGUAAAAUGGAAAAAGCUGUAUACUGACUUUGACGUACUGUACAACUAAGUAAUGGUAUUGAGACAAAAUUUUAGAAAUGCAUUGUAUUUCUUUGUUUGACAGAUUUCCUGAAGUGGAUUCCUACUAGUUCUAUGGAUAGAUUGAGUUAUAAAAGAUACAAAGCUUGGUUUUUUUUUGUGUGUGUUUACUCUACCUUGCCUUGGUUAUGUGUGUUUCCUUUGAUUUGUAGAUGGUAACUCAGUGCUAGCACCAGUAUAGCCGAUCAGCAGAGGCCUGUGCUGAAACUGGGAGCUACACUCCAUGCUUAUUAUUUACUAAAGCUACCCUAGGAGUUUUAAGAUGCACAGUGUAUAAGAAAAUCUACGAAGAGCUGAGAUUGUCUUACAGACUUUUCCGGAAUUAUGCAAGUCAUUAGUAAAUGACUAAAUAUGCAUCUAAUGGACAAUCAUAUAAUCAUUGAGCCUAGAAUUGUUUGGGUUGGAAGGGACCUUAAAGAUCAUCUCGUUCCAAUCCCCCUUCCACAAAUAGGUUGCUCAAACACCUUCUAAUGUGGCCUUGAACACCCACAGCUUCUCGUUAACCUGUCCCAGUGUCUCAUCACCCUGCUAAGAAAAGAAUUUCUUCGUAAUGUCUAAUAUAAAUCUGUUCUCUUUCAUUUUAAAAUCAUUCUCCUCUGUCCUAUCAUUACUUUUGUCCUUGAUAUAAAGAGUACCUGAUAAAGAGUCCCUUCCCAUCUUUCCCAUCAGUCCCCUUUAAGUACUGCAAGGCAGCUGUAAUGUCUCCCCAGACAUUCACUUCUGCAGGCUGAAUAACUUUAAUUCUCUCAACCUUUAUCACUUCACAGAAAUUGUAUCUUCUUUAUUUUGUUUGUUUAAAAUAGUCUUUUAGGAGAUCUUCCACAGAUUUUAAAAUCUUUUCACACUGCAGGUUUUGCAGGAAGUGAGCUAACAGUGGUUGAACUCAUACUGAUAACCAGUUCCCACUUCAUAACCAGUCAAGCAGGAAGUGAAUACACCAACAAUCAGAUGUAAAUUAAAAGACAGUGUUUAAAUAUCUGAUUGAAAAAAAAAAAAUGUUUCUUUUUUUUUUUUGUAAGUGGACUCGUCUCUUCUGACUACAAUGCUAUGUUGGUGAACUGGGCAAUUCGAGUAAAUGGUUAGAAUACAAUAAGAUUUUUCUCAAUUCAUGUGUGGUUUUUAUUUUACAACAGAUCUUACAAUGCAAGGAAUACUUACCUCUAGAAGACAUUCUGAACAUGAGGUCUAUUUUCAUAGGUAUUGUAUGGUAGGAUCACUUGCUUUGUAAUACAGUGUAUAAAAAAACACCAAGAGUAAGUACAUUAAAAGAUUAAUUUUCUGUGUGUCACAUUGCAUUCUGAGGAGUUAAUUUUGACAUGGGGAUAGUGAAAAUAUAGAUACUGCAGUUUCAGUUUGAAGUUGCAUUAAGUUUUAGAGUAUUACUGUUUGGUUAAGAAUAUUUUUAUGUGUAUAACACUGGAUAUUUGUUUUUUAGGGGUAACAGCAUUUUAAUCCAAAGUAUGAAAUGCUUAAGCUUCAGCUGAAGAAUUGCCAUUAUUAUCAAAAUGUUUUGCUAAUCCAGAACGUCUGAUGUAGUGUAACCUAGAGAGCUUAUUUAGUAUAGCUGCAUAACUCUGUAAAACUGUAAGUUGAUUUCCAUGGCAUAGUUUUUUACCAGACACAUCAGCUCACCGUAAUUCUGGUGAAGCUGUUGAAUGUUUUCUUCUUAGACUUCUCAAAAUGGGGAUGAACUAAUUUCUUUUAAAAAAUAUAUAAUAAAGUUUUUGCUUUAAAUAUGGUAAAUACAUGUGAACAUGUGUAAUGCUGGGCUUUCUAUUUACUCAAAAAUGGCAACAAAUAUUUUCAGAAUAAAGCCAAUGAAUUAUAUUGCAGAUAUAGUACCGAAUCUUAGUCAUUUUCUUUUCAUGACUUUCUAUGACUGCAUUAAAACUAUUCACACAAUUUGUAAGUUUCUAUUUUUCCGUGAAACUUUG